UGUAGCUAUGUAAAACAGUGGAACCUCUGUUUCGAGUAUCCCCCUUGUUCCUUACUAGUAAUGACUAUUUCUCAUAUUUGCGUGUUGACUGUGGCGUGAAGUGCUCGCUCUCAGAUUGUUAUCUGCACGUCUCCAAUAUCUCCACGUAAAGCAAAAUCGAAUCUCCAGAACAUGUGUUGCUGCUGUGCCUUACUCAGUUGGCAGUCAUGAUGGACUCCCAGAAAGCCAGAAAGGCAUUUGCAGUUGAUAGGAAUAAGCUGGUGUCCUGGGCUGCAAAUUCUGGUUGCAAACUCCAAAAAUCGGAUUUAAAGCACAAAAGGGGAUCCAAGGCAUUUGAUCGAAAUCAUGCCGCUUUGGCCAAAUGCGGGAUGGCCGGAAAGAGGCCUUGUCUGGUUCUCACCGAUGUGUUUAAGACAGAGGCUGGGAGGGCUUUUUUGGACAAGCAACCAGGUCACACGUGCAGCAAAAAAGCAGAAACGGCAUGCAAGAGACACCCAUGCAUAAAAGAAGCCGCGCAUGCACCCAUGCAUUUUAAUAGAGUCAGACAUCGAGGUCAGAAGCCACCCAGGAAUGCCACAAAGAAGACCGCAAUGCCAAAGUGUGUCCGAAAGCAUGCUUCAUCAUCCCUACAAAGGUUAAAAGUCAGGAAGAGGUUACGUCGCACUGUCAUUGGAGAGGAAAACAAAGAUGUGGAGAAGAUGGUCCAUGUCGGUGCAAAUGGGGAGGACUACAGUGUUGUCGACUGCGGCUUGUCAGUGAGCUGGAAGCCGGCGGAGGAUGCCGGAGACGCUGAUGAGUUUUCCCCAACUCCCAUCAAGGACAUUGGAACCCGAGAGAAACAUUGUCCGAAGAGGAAAAGAAGUGUCGGCAAAUUGAUCGAAUGCAAUGGAACAAGCAGCCAAAAACGGCAACGAGAAAGCGUGCUUCGCCUUACUGGGGAAGGUGCACGAGACGGAGGACUGGCACCGGUUAGUUUGACUGAACCUGGAGAAGACUGUGAUGCGGAGUCAGCGGACGCCAUUGGAAGUCCCGGUUGCAGUCGGCUGGCCACACAGGAGGAUGCCGCGCCAGACAUCACGGGAGAGCUCAUUGUGCUGUCUAGCGACGAUGAAGAGAGCGGCGACGUUAUUCGACGUCGAGUCAAGAAUGUCCGUACGCUGCUCUUGGCAGGAGAUGCCAACGACGAGGACCAUGGGCAACAUUUAGCGCAGGAUAUUGAGUCCAAAGAACCCGACGGCCCUGACGUGCAGAACGUGGAGGUAUUCCAUGUGGUUGUAGGCAGGUCCGGGUUAGUGUCUCUCAACCCCGAAAUCGACCACAGUGUCUUUAGUGUGGCCUUCUCCUCCAUGUUCUGUGGCGGUUAUCAAGGGGAAGCAAAUGGAAACAUGGUAGUGAACCAAAAAAUCAUCAUACCAUUGAAAGAUUCAAGCCAGCAGGUCGAUGUGAAAUUGACUUUAGAGCCUACGGAGCUGAGGAGGUACAGUGUAUGGUACCAGGAGGAACUGAAAGCCAAUGGACUCCACUGGGCAUCCAGCGUUGAGCCUUGUACCAUCCUUUUCUUUUGUGUGACACAAAGUGCCGCAGUGACUGUGCAGAAGAAUCUUCACUUCUUGUAUACCCAACAUGAUGCACCACCCAGCACUGGAAACCCGAGCCCCUUCCUUGUGCUGACUCUCAAGGACCCUCUGCAGGGCAUGGAUGGAGCGCUAUUGAACUCUCUUUUGGAAUUAUACUGUCUCAGCUGUUUGUCUAAUGACGAAGACUAUGCCGAUACGCUCGAUCUGAAGAACUUCAGCAGUCCAAGUCUUUCAUUAAAUGAAAGUUUGGAGCUGAUAAAAUCAAGUGGCCGAGACCCCAUGUUGUUGCGGAUGCUCGGCCUGGACACGCCUGCCUCGACGACGGACCUGGACGAAAGCAGUUCAUACUCUGAAUCAGACGUGGAUGCACCAAAGGACACAACAUCAGAGGCGGAGAAUUCACCAUUGUUGGACAUGUUUGAGCCACAGACCUUCUUUGAGUUUGAGCAUGAGACGACCCCAGAGCAGGGGACGGAUACAGAAGUGGAGCUCGGAGUGCAACCCACCCCAGACGAGGAGCAAAUAGAUGAACGGGUGGACAAAACGACAGACACACCUCUGUACACGCUAUGUCGGCGUAGAACUACAGGAGCGUACACAGUGACCAUGUGUCAACCGGACUCUACUUGGGUUAAAUACAAACAUCAGGGCCUAUCCCACCGAUUGAUCCAGUUUCCUCCUCCGCCACUCAAAGGUGGAAUCACAGUGACAAUGGAAGACCUGCAGUGUCUCGACAGCGGCCAGUACCUCAAUGACGUCAUCAUCGACUUUUACCUCAAAUAUCUCCUCCAGAACUCGUUACGUGACGUUGUCGAGCGCUCGCACAUCUUCAGCAGCUUCUUCUACAAGCAGCUCACUCGCAGAGACAAUGCUAGCGAAGGCAAUAUUACAGAAUCCUGUCAGAGGCAGAAACGGCACCAGAGAGUGAAGACGUGGACGCGCCACGUGGACAUUUUUGAAAAGGACUUCCUAUUUGUUCCUGUCAAUCAGGAAGCUCACUGGUAUCUGGUGGUCAUCUGCUUUCCUGGACUGGAGGAGUCUAGGUUAGAGCCUUGGGCAGAAAGUAUCCACAACGGCAUAGACGCUUCAACCGAGCAAGAGGAACCUGAAGGCCCUGGAAGCUCAAAUGAGGCGCCGGCCACAUCACGGAAGACGAACCGCAGUGACAGUGUGGACGCAGAUUCUGGAAAAGAGCCGACUAAAUCUUCUUCUCGUCGAUUGAAUUGCACAGAGAAAACCUGCCAUACAAAGUUUGUGUCAAAGAGGCCCUGCAUUCUCAUAAUGGACUCCCUUAAAUUGUCCCUUCACGAGCGCAUCUUUAAACUAUUGCGAGAGUACCUGCAGUCAGAAUGGGAAGCACGACGCGGAUCGACGCGUGACUUUGGUCCCGACCAGAUGAAAAGUUCCCACUGUCACGUCCCUCUGCAGGACAAUAAUAGCGAUUGUGGUCUCUACUUGCUGCAAUAUGUGGAGAGUUUCCUCAAGGACCCUGUGGUGCACUUUGAUCUGCCACUACAACUGCAACGCUGGUUUCCACGGAGACAGGUGCGCAGGAAGCGGGACGAAAUACGCGAGCUGGUGCUGCUGCUGUACCGUCAGCAGAUGAGCAAAACGUGAGCAAGGACACGGCCAACCCAGGAAUCAGCGUCGCUCAUACUGAGCAAUCCAUUUUUUUCUUCUGCACUUGAACUCGCAAAUUGCGGCUCCUCACUCGGUCAGCUAAAAUGGCAACGACGCUGACGGCCAGCUACUUUUGAGUGAAAGUAAUGGAAGGACCAAUGGAUGUACAAUGUCUUUUUCUGUUGACUCUGGAGUUUUUUAUAGAUUGUUAUACUAUUAUUUGCAAGUUGUUUUUGAUAAAUAUGAUGGUCUUUAUUUAAUUUGUACACAAACUCAAAGUAUCUCCAGAAUUAACUGUUUUAAAUAUAGUUUGUGUGACAAAAAUUAUAUUCAUCGGAUUUGAUUUUCAGAUUUUUAACGAUUCUGACCAUGCGGUUCACUGCAAUGUUUAAAGUCACAAAAAAUAAAAUAGUGCUGUAGGGUACAUAACGCACGAAAUACUUGCACAAUUAAA